AAAUGGAAUUCAGUUUGUAUGUCUGACUAGAAAGCUGACAAUGAAUUUAAUCUACAUACAGGUGACUCGAGAAUAGUGCUAGCAUUAGACGGUGGCGAAAGAGCUGUCCUUCAGGAAUAGUGACACCAUCAAUAACACUCGGGGCAGCUGGCAACUCACCAACUACCGCAAUAUCAUCAGGCACGUCCUCCGAAGGCUCACUCUGAUCAUCUACACCAUCAUGGUUGUUAUGCCCACCCGGAUCGGACCAGUUAUCCGAGCUCUCGUCACCUUCAAUCAGAAUUACCAAGUUGUGGAGGAUGAAGCACGACUUGAGCCACGUUACGGCCCAUUCGUGCCGAUCUUGCGAGCUAAUUUGAAUGCGGAGUUCGUGGAGUGAUUGAAAACGGCCCUUAAGUAAGCCAAUAGCGUGUUCGGAACGGAUACGGAUA